UAUAAAAGCCCAUUUGCCCGCCUCAAUUUGAAUCAGUCUCAACUCGACAUCCUUACACGCACAGUUACAUUCACACGGCGCUCUCUCCGCAACGCUCCUCAGCUCACUGACACACGUUCUCUCUUACGUUUUAAAAUCGUUUAAAUUAAAUUCGUCCGUCGGGACAUUCAAACGCGGUUACUCCGGUCAAACAGAACCCCGCCAGCAACGGUAUCCACCGAAUCGCCAUCGGCAUAUAAUCGAUUCAAAUUCGUCCGCAAAAUAUCGCAUUAAUUCAAUAAUCAUAUAAUGUCUGCCGAAUCGUUCGAAACCAUCAUGGCCAGGAACAACACGACACUGCCCGCGGCCCAGACCGACGGCGGAAAGAACGUGAAACGUGGCUCCAAGAGAUGCGGCCUGUCGGUCGCCGUUUUCGCGGUGUACGUGUGCUUCUGUUUGGUGUACACCGUCGGCGCGGCUUCGACACACGUCCCGCAGAAGGUAAGAAUAAAAAAAACGAACCAAACAAACGAUUUACAGCGUAUAUCGCGCGAAACGUGUAAAUUCGUUUUUGGCCCCGUUUCCCGUUCGGUAUUAAUGUUUUUUUUUUUUUUUUUUUUUCCGUUAUCCGUUCCAGCGGGAAAUCGCUUCGCCGGCCGAGCCAACGAUUACAGGUAUGCCGUUGAAAAUGUGCAGCCCGAACUCCCCGUGCGGAUGGGCCAUCUACGUUCCGUUCAGCCGCCGCAUCGAUUACUUCAUGAAAAACACGUGAGCGAAAAUAAAAUUAUGAUUUAACGUCACGCCGGCGUGCCGUAACGUGUUUCGCAUGUGCCUCACGGGUAUCUUUUUUUCUUUUUUUUCCACCACCCCCGUACAGUUGCGAAUGCAAAAACACGCAGUCCUGUUUGAAGUCGGACGACGAUCUGUCCAUCAACGCGUACGUGUACCGCUGCAAGCCCAAACCGGCCGUCACGACCACGGACGUGAUGCCGUCGGACGCCUAAGACCCGCGUCGUCGACGCCCGGCACCGAUGACACUCAAAACACCCCGAGUACUUACGCAGUAAUUAUUUCCAUCGUCGGCGCACACUAAACGGAUGAGGAGAGAACCACUACACACGAAUAUUCCUGUUUGCCAAAUCUAUCAAAGUUCCAUUUUAUUUUAUUUAUUUUUAUUUAUUUAUACUAGACUUAAGGGAAAGGAAUUGUACAAUCGAUGGAUUUUUUUUUUUUUUUUUCUAUAUUUUUUUCCCCUCCGAAUUCGCGUAACAUUAUUAUUUUGCUCGACGGUAAUUUACCGUUGAAACAACGCAAACGCCAGCAAUCGCUAAAAACAUAAACAAACUAAAUAAAAAAAAAAAAAACAAACAAACAAACGAAAAGUACCGUAGUCUGACUGUUCUAUUUAGUUUUUCAACAAUAUACCUACGCGCAUCUUCGGGCCAUUCAAUAACAUUUCAAUAACAUAAUAAUACGUGUUCGUCGACAUUUACAUCAUUCAUAUAUUAUUAUUAUUAUUAUUAUUACCAUUGUCGUCGGAACGUAUUUUCUUUAUUCUUAUUUAUUUAUUUAUUUAAUUAUUAUUAAUAUUUUUUUUUUUUUUUUAUUAAAUUCGUUUAUUUUAUACAUAAUCGCUAUAAUAUACAUUUUCACAGACUUGAGGGCAUUAGGGAAUGUAGUUAAAACAUGCAAGAAGGGGUUCUAUCCUUAAACAUUUUGGAACCGAAGUAUUUUCAAUACUUUAUGUUUGACAAUUUUAACUCUAGGUUAAUUUCAUUAAUAUUAUUUUAUUUUUUCUAUUUCGUUUUUUUUUUUCGAGCAAAGCUUACUUAACUAUUUAGUUUUUAUUAUUACUAACAAUAUUAUUAUAUUUUAUCGCACACGAGAUUUAUUAUUAUUAUUCAUCAAUCAAUCAAUCAUUUUACGAGUAGUAUCGAUCAAACUUUAUUUAUUUAUUUUAUUAUAUUAUUAUUUUUUUUUUUUUUUUUAAACUAUUAGACAUAAAGCAUAUUAACGACAAAACAAACACUUUGUUGAUGUUUAACGAUAUUGAUAAUAUUAUUAAUAAUUCAAAAUAUAUGUUAUAAUCGUGACUAUUAUUAUUACUAUUAUAUUUUAUUAUUAAUAUUAUUAUUACUAUUAUGUCAUCCAGGUUUUUUUUUUUAUCAAUUAUUUUAUUACUUUAUUAUAAUAAAUGAAAAUUAAAAAAAAAAAUUUUUAUUUAAAAAUAUUACACAUUAUUUUGCGUUC